UGCCCCUGUUUGAAGAGGUCGUUUAAUGAUUCACAAGUCAUCUGGCUCACUGGUUACACCUGUAAUGUGUUCUGUGCGCUUAUUCAGUGUAGUUUUGUAACGCACACUGUGAUUGAUAUAACAUCAAGUUCGUACCAGACCGCCAAACUUUUCAAGCGGCUGAGCCUCGUUUUCAGAUUUCCACGAUGUCCAGAUUUCCGUUUGUCAGCGCACGCUGUACGACACUGCACGCUGCACGACCUGUUUGCAAUGAUUAGAAGGAGCGUAGUGUUGCAAUAUACAAGUGAUUAGGUGUAUCAGAUAAUACAGAUUAAUAAUUAAAUGUCCAGUUGAAUGAGUUGGUCUCAAAUUGUUGACUGGUUAUUGUAGUAAGUUGCGCAAUAGGACAGAACCCAGUCAGCAGGAAACGAGACUUGUGCGUAAUCAUUGUUUUGACUUGCUUUUUAUGCACAUAUUGACUCCUUUGUAUGCAGAUAUUGGUUCCUUUGUACACAAAUAUUGGCUCCUCUGUAUGAAAAUAUUGGUUCCUUUGUACUUGUAUUUAUUUAUGAUGUCACCGUUACAGAUGUUGCAAAUAUAGUGUAAAUCGCCUCGAUCCCCCUAUUUUUUCCUGUGCAGUCCAUUGUCUGAAAAUAAAUGUCAAACAUUAAUGAGGUAUUUUAGGUUUUCAUUGAAUUUCUGUUGUAACUUAGAACACAUCCUAUCCACCCUUUUCUGGAAUCAAUCUUUCCAAAGAAAGGUGUGUCCAUAUAAAGAGAAAUAUAACUCAGGAUCCAGCAAAUUUAGGAAUAGAAUUUACGGAACAUCCGGGUCUUCGGGUGUUUUCAUAUUUCCACACUCACUCAGUCAAGUUGUCACAGUUGUAAGCAUAAUUGUUGUCGGGGAAGUGAUACAAAUACAACAAAAAUGUGCGUACCAUCUUCCCGGACACCGGGUGUCGCUAUUAAUUUUCACUAAUACGUUAAUACAAUUUUAUCACUGUUUUGACACUACACCGGUCCAUCGAAUCUGCAUAUAAUCAAGUUAAAAUAUACUCAGUCAAAAAAAGAAACUUCACACUCAUCAAUUUCUAAAUAUUUUCUUGAAACUAAAUACAAGAGUUAUUAUUAUUAUCAUUAGGGGUAAAUGCGUUGUCAAAGACAUCAUGACACACAGCAACUCCGACGUGCACAGGCAUGCAGCACGUGCGAGCGUACAUCACGGUAAAAACAUGUUUUCUCGUGUUCCUAGUCACGUGACCUUAUGAGACACGUGCAAUUGAGCCCAAGUUAGCACGGUAGAGUGACAUCUCGGAAAAAACAAGUUCUUACAGUCAAACAUUCAACGUGAACGUGCCAUUUGCAUGCUGAAUGCGGGAACGUCGGUCACUGACGUUGCCAGGGUUAUGGGAUGCAGUCGAUGGACUAUCCAUGAUCUUCGGACUCGUCUCCAACAAACAGGCACCACAGCAGACCGACCUCGUUCGGGUAGACCACGUGUGACGACACAAGCAGAAGACCGACAAAUCGUCUUACGUCAUUUGCGUAAUCGAUUUCUCACUGCAACGUCCACUAGGAAUGAAUUGUUUAAAGGUCGUGUGACUGCCCAAACAAUACGUAAUCGCCUGCGCACUGCUCGUCUCCAUGCACGUCGGCCAUAUCGUGGACCAAUUUUAACCAAGUUACACCGACGUCAACGGCUGAUCUGGGCACAACGACAUCUCAGGUGGAAGCUUUUGCCAUUCAUCGCAGCUCAUGGCCCAGCUCUUACAUUCCAACACGAUAAUGCCAGACCUCAUACGGCCAAUUUAACGCGGAAUUUUCUUAGGAAUGCUGGCAUCAAUGUCAUGGAGUGGCCCUCAAGGUCUCCCGACUUUAAUCCCAUAGAAUAUGUAUGGGAUGUGUUGGGCAGAAGACUCCGUCAAGUAAGGAACCCUCCACAGAAUUUGAAGGAACUUGGUGCCAUGUUGGUACAAUUAUGGCGACGCAUCCCCCCAAGCUGUGUUCAGACGCAUCAUUCAAUUCCAUGAGGAGUCGUUGCGUCGCAGUUGUGAACGCUCAUGGAGGGCAUACGCGCUAUUGACAUGCUUUCAUCAAGUUGUAACUUACCAUUUUUACUCUCUUACAUUUACGUAGUAUUUCCGGUGGAACUGGUUACAUUAUGAGCAUGAUUUUUAUGGUACACCGUCCUUAAUGGGUACAGAAUGGAAUAAAAUCAUUAUUUAAAACCUCUUUUCAUGUAUGUUCAACUUAUCGACCUCCAAACGAGUGUGACGUUUCUUUUUUGACUGAGUGUAUAUUCUGAGUUCUUUUUUGAUUAUUUAUCUUAUAUUCGCACAUGUCAUGUAUUGUACACACCACCUCAGCAACAAACAUACCAGUGUAAAAACAAUAAUAUAAAGUUAUCUUUUUCCUUGUAUAUUGUUUUUAUGAUGUUAUCCUCUUCCUUGUAUAUUGUUUUUAUGAUGUUAUCCUCUUCCUUGUAUAUUGUUUUUAUGAUGUUAUCCUCUUCCUUGUAUAUUGUUUUUAUGAUGUUAUCCUCUUCCUUGCAUAUUGUUUUUAUGAUGUUAUCUUCUUCCUUGUAUAUUGUUUUUUGACUGAUUACAUGUUUUAUAAAAAAAAGAACUAUAUACUACGUUUAUAACGAACUACGCUUAUAACGACCUGGGGGAUAUAACAAACUGGUUAUCGGUGGCAUUUACUAUGGUAUCACACGUUUUUUGGACGGCAGGUCUUACUCGGGAUAAAGGGAGAGGUAUUGCGUAACACAGAGAUUGUAAAUUCUUGAAUGACUACUUGUGAUUCGAAUAAACUGUUAUAAGUUACUGAUAUUUCGUUCAUGUGAUUCGAAAGAAAACGUCGAAUGUUUCAUACGUGUCCGAAAAUAUGAAUGUACUCAACAUGUGUCAACCAAGUCAGCGAGCCUGACCACCCGAUCCCGUCAGUCACCUCUGUCACAAACAGUGACAACAUGAAUGGAAUCUGAAGUCACCAUAGAGAUGGCACUUGGCAGGAUGAAGGGCUUCGGUGUAGGGACCGUCUGUUUCACAUCAUCAAGAAUAUCAAUGCAUUGUCAUCACUUGCAAGAGCUGUUUCCGUGUUAUAGGUCGUGUUGUACACCAAGCACCCCUCCUCCUCCUGACCCUCUUACCGACCAUUGUGCCAUCCUCUCAGUGAUUCAACACAGCAUCCGACCUCUUCAUAUAUAUAUAUAUAUAUAUAUAUAUAUAUAUAUAUACGCCUCUCUGUUAAAGGGGGACACUUACAAGGAUGCUAGCACAAUGGUCGGUAUACUAUUAAUCUCUGUCACAGCAGGAAUAUUGUCUUGUAGUACUGCAGUCACCACUGACAGCAACCAACCAACAACACAGUCCCGCUAUCCGGUGUAUUCAUCUUUCACUGAAGGAGGUUCGUCGAGGUCAUCCACUGCUGUUGACGGUUUCACGUCCACCGCCUCGGUAACACCAUCCAUCCUGGACCCAACAUGGAGCGUGGAGUUACAACACCCUGCCUGGGUAGUCUGGGUGGACGUCAGAGUGCCAGCGAAUUACGGAACGCGGGAAAUAGUAAUGACAACCACAAACAAAGACACGGUAAUGCCUUGUAACGCUAUGAACACUUGGCUGACGGCUACAACGUUGAGAAUCACGUGCAGGAACGUCGUCAACGCCACCACCAUCAUACUCGUCAGCACAGAUUCGAUGGUGUCCAAACUGGGCUUAAUUGAAAUGUAUGUGUACGGAGAUUGUCAACAUGACAGCUAUGGACAAGAAUGUGGGACCUUCUGCAGCCAAAACUGCACCGAGGGCCUUUGUGAUGAUGUGAACGGCACAUGCACAUGCGUGCUUGGAUGGAAGGGAGAUAACUGCGAUGGAGAUACUUUCACCAGAAGCAACAAAACCCACAUUCCCGCAGACACGUCUAGGCUCAGCAUCAGUCCCGUGUUCGUUGGUCUCGUUGGGACGGGAAUAACAGCUGUGGUAGUACUACUUGUUGUAAUAGUUGUCCUCCUCGUCCGGAGACAUCGACAACACUCACAAAGAACACUGGAGCCGGUUGUAUAUGAUGAUAUCUUUAAUGAUAUUCCUCCUGGUGGGAAUGCCCAACACAGUCAAGAGAAUCAGUCAAGUGUGGAUUAUGACGGUAUUGACGUCACAUCACGUGACCAAGACGAGGAGCCGGGUAAACUGUUCGCGGACCGAACUGCCAAACCGAUAUCACGUGAAGGAGAGUCACGUGCUCAAAACACCGGGUGUGUGGGGAAUCAGCGGGAGUCAAUUGUGGAUUAUGACGUUAUUGACGUCACAUCACGUGACCAAGACGAGCAGCCCGGUAAACCGUUCACGGAUAUCACACCGAUGUCACGUGAAGGAGAGUCACGUGCUCAAAACAACGGCUGUGGGGAGAAUCAUUGUGAGUCACGUGGGAGUUAUAUCACACCGAUAUCACGUGAAGGAGAGUCACGUGCUCAAAACACCGGAUGUGGAGAGAAUCAUUGCGAGUCACCUGGGAGUUAUGACGUUCUUGACGUCACAUCACGUGAUCCAGACGGUUUGCUCGUCAAGCCCUAUACGGACCUAACUGCCACACAGUCUUCUCCUGGAGACGAUUCAAAAGGGGGUUAUGACGUUCUUGACGUCACAUCACGUGAUCCAGAUGGGGCGUACGAGAAGCCCUACAUUGGGUCUUACUAUCAACACGCCACAUCAAAACAUUUCGAGAACUGGAAGACUGGAAUCAACUUAAAACAAAUCUCGCAUUAAAACCUGUUAAAAUCAGCCCACCAAGACAAAAGUGUAAGGACCAAUGUCGUGAAAAGUACGGAAAGUGAUCAUAAACAAGCAAGAUUUGGGUUGAAACUGGUGAAAAAGAUACGAAACUGUUAUCUGCCAAGUUCAUUUCUAUCCAAAUGCCCGUGAGCUGACCAACAGAUUGUGCCGUGCAAUCGGAAACCAAGUUAGACAAACUGUACAUAUACCCGAAUGCGAUACCGCUGCCACGUGAAGCGAGUCACGUGGGUAUUAUGAUGUUCUUGCGUCACAUCACGUGAUUUAAGUUGUCAACGCACCGGUUGCACAACAGACACUACGGUUUUCAUGUUAUCUGUAAACUGUAAGCGUGAGUGAUGAUGUAUCGAAAUAAGAAUUAUGCCUGGAGUUCGAGCAAAUGACACGGGCUACUUUCCAUUGUUAACGAGGCAGGGGUUUGUUAAUAUAAAACACUCUCCAUUAC